AUGGCGCAUAAGCAUUCGCUUGAAGCUCUUGAUAGGUCGCUGAAAGAUAUCAAAAAUAAUUGUCUUUUUGGUGGCUGCCUAUUGCUACUGUCUGGCGAUUUCAGACAGACAUUGCCCAUUAUUCCACGAGCGACGCGUGCUGAUGAAAUAAAUGCCUGCUUAAAAAAGUCUUAUCUGUGGCGCCACGUAAAGAAAUUAUAUCUUAGUGUUAACAUUCGUGUUCAAUGUCUAAAUGAUGCACUGGGGUCGAAAUUUUCACAACAAUUAUUGGAUAUUGGUAAUGGCAGAAUUAAUUUUUAUGAAAAUACAGAGUACAUUCGAUUCCCUGAUAAUUUUUGUAAUAUGGUUGAUAGCAAAGCCAAGCUAAUAGAAAAUAUUUUUCCAAAUUUAAAGCAUAAUCAUAAAGAUCAUGAGUGGCUACAAGAACGAGCAAUUUUAGCAGCAACGAAUUUGGAUGUUGACGAAAUGAAUUUAAAAAUACAACAGAUACUGCCAGGAUAUGAAUUUACAUUUAAAUCAGUUGAUACUGUUAUUGAUCCUGAUGAAAUCGUCAAUUAUCCAGUCGAAUUUUUAAUUCUCUUGAUUUACCAGGAAUGCCGCCGCACAAAUUACUAUUGA